AUGUUAUGUUCUAAUGAAAGAGGAAUAUUAUCUCAACCAUUUUUUUCAUGUGCUAAUUGUCAAAAAUUAGUAUUUGAUAAUUGUUCAAUUCAAACAAAUUUUAAUCAAAAUAUUGUAUCAUUAUGUGAUGCUCAAUCGAUAUCUGAUCAAUCAAGUUCAGAUGAUAAUGAUUCGAUUACGGAUCGAUUUAAUAAAAAAUUGAUAUCAAAUAAUAAAAGUUUAAAUCAACUUAAACAAUUAAAUGAUAAUCAAGAUGAAAUAAAUAAAUGUGAUGAUGAUGAUGAUAAAAGAAUUUAUUCAUUUAAAAAUAAUAAACUAACUUCAAAAGAAGAUUCAAUUGAUACAUAUUUAUCAAAAUGUGAAUUAGCUAAAUCAUCAAAAGAUUCUCAUAUAAGAUUAUCACCAAUAAAUAAAGAUUAUUUUGAAAUUUUUUGGAAACAAUCUGAAUAUAAAUUAAUAAUAAAAUUAUUACGAUUAGAAAAUCUUCGAUUAAAUAAUCAAAAUCAAUAUUCUCAUAUUUAUCUUAAAUUAGAUCUUCUACCAGCUAUUUACAAAGUAAAUUUAACUUCAUUUACUUUUUAA